AUGGUGCUCGGUAUCAAUUUCUCACCCCUGUCGGAGCCAUGGGAGAAGCAGAAAUUGGUGCUCGGUGUUCUCUAUCAUUUUUUUAUGACCUAUCCCCUGUCAAUCAUAGCCUUGAUGAUGCCCUUUGUCCUGCUGUUCACCUUUCAAUGGCAUAUUUUACUGCUCUAUGCGAUAUGGUAUUAUUUCGAUAAGGAUUCGCCGAGACGUGGUGGUUACGCCAGUGAAUGGGUUCAGAGGUGGACAGUGCACAAAUGGUUCGCCGAUUACUUUCCUGUCACCCUUCACAAAACAGUGGAUCUCUCACCGAACCACGUAGGUGCACACUAG